GAAGACUAUACACCAAGUUUGUGAGGUUUAUACCGGCGUUGCUGAUAUAAAAAGUUCAUUUCCAGGUUCCAAGCUGCUGUCACCAACAUGAGAGCCAACUGAGCUGACCACGGCCAUGGCUGCUGAUGGGGAAGGUGACGACACGCGCACGGCGCGCGUGCUGGCCGCACUCUCGUUCGCCGUCACUGUGAUCGCUGUGGGCGUCCCUGUCUGGCUCAAAACGACCGAGAUCUACCGAGCCGGCAUCCCCCAUGAGGGCAUCGACAGCUUGCAGCGGCUGACGCUAGAUGUCAGCACCGGCGCGCAGCUGGAGGUGGUGGCGCUCGCGACGGCGGACGCGACGCGGUUGGCUGCCGGCCUGGAGCGCCACUUAGACGGCGUCAGCGUCAGCGGGCGGGCAGCCAGCGAGGCCGAGGCCGCCGCCCUGACGACCGCCGCCGACCCAUGGGCCGCGGACGACGCGCUGAACAGCGGGACAGCGAUCGACAGGCUGCGCGUGGUAGUGCUGCCGCCGCGGCCGGCCGCCGCUGCCGCUGCCACCGUGUUGCUCGGCCGGCACGCGGACGUGCUGGUGACGCCGACGGCUGAGGCGGCGCCUCUGGCCGCCGUGCUUCGCGCCGUCGCGUUCGGACCGAAUUCCGAGGCUGUGUCGACGCGGCGCGUGCGCUCGGCGCCGGCCUACGACCUGCUCGUGUCGGUGGUAGUGCCGCAGCCGGAGGGACGCACACCGCUCUGGGACGGUGCCGCCGCCACGCGCCACCUCCUUGCGCCGGUGCUGGAGCGCCUGCGGCCGCUGGCCAACCUCACCGUCAAGUCGCAGCACCUUUACCACGCUGGGCUGGGCGUGGUGGCGGCGCGCGACGCCACGUCCGGCGAGCACUUUCUUUCUGAGGAGCAGCUGUCGCUGGUGAUCACGCCGCUGGAGGCGCGCCUGGGCGCCGCCGUGUCGGGCCGGCCCACGCUUCAGUUCGUUGUGUUCGUGCCGCCGCCCGGGAAGCGGCCGCUGGUGUACAACCCGGCGCCGGGCCCAGCCGGACUGCGCAGCUGGGAGCUGGUCUCGCUCCGCCGGCGCCGCACCGUCGAGAACGUGGAGAACGCGCGCCGCAACCUCGCCUCGCUGGCCGCCAUGCUCGACCAGAUCUCCAACAUCGUCAUCGAUGAUGCGGUGGGCGCGGCGGUAGCCGAGGGCGUGGCGGCGGCCGAGGAGGCGGCGCGGCAGCUGGCCGCCGGUCGCGAGGCCGAGGCGUACGUCAGCUCGUGCCGCGCGCUCGCUCGCUCCGAGCGCGCCAUCUUCGACCCGAGCAUGCUGGCGCUGCUCUACUUCCCGGACGACCAGAAGUACGCCAUCUACAUUCCCCUGUUCCUGCCCGUCAGCAUCCCCGUUCUGAUGUCGCUGCGCACCAUUUGGGCCUGGGCUCGCGGCGCCCCUGAGAAGGUGAAGGGCGAGUGAGGCGCCCCCCCCCCCCCGCCUUGCGUGGGCGCCAGGGGAGCUGUGGGGCCCCUACACAUGACCGGGGCCGGCCAAGAUGCUGGGAACACUGGGUCAUGAUGCGCCGCUGUAAUGUGCGCGGAGCUUGAGAUGUGGCGGAACGGUCGCAGUGGUCCUCUAUGUGUGCUUGUGGUCUUCUUGGGUGCUUGGCGCACAGUUUAUAAUAAGAAAUGUGAUUUAACUUGUAUCAUUGCUGGCCGCAUCGGUUACAACCUGUCGAGUGGCACGGAUGGGCGGUUGAUGUAUGCAUUUCACGCCCCUAACGUAUAUCGUCAGGUCGGUAUACAUCGGGGACAGACAUGUUUUAAUGCGCGUCCGGCCAGCCAGUCAACUUUAGGAUCACGCGCAUGCAAAAUAAUACAGAUGUCACUGCCUGUGUGCUUCGUUCCGUUUGAACACGACUCGUUGGGAAGCUAAACGCUGGGAAAUAACUGUUCGUACCAAUCAUGAAUUGCAAUCAGGCGCCGCGCGUCGAUGUCGGGGUUCCAGCUGUUUGUGAUUUAAGACGUGUUGUGGUGCGCGCAACGACGCAGAGACGAGGACGUGAGCGUCCCCGUCGAUGACCGGCCGCGGCCUACUUCGCUGCGGUGGGGUGCGGGGCGGGGUGACGCCCGGUCCAUGGGGAGGGGGAGGGGGCGUGCCACCCCCGCCGGCUCCUGUCGUGCGGCACCGCGUCUGCAUUAUUGAAUAAUGACCCGCUGAAGCGCGCGGACGUCUUCUACAAUACAUGCAUCGGGGUCGUGCAGCU